GCGCGAACUGCCAGGGCAAGUGUAGAAAUCGGCGCGAGAAGGUUUGGGCUCAGAGUCGUCAGUCGACUGUUGCAGAAGGUACCACUGAACCAGUCUCACUGCUAAUAUGGCCUCUUCUGGUGAUAUUCAGGUGAAGGAACUCGACAAGCGUGCCUCUGGGCAGGCAUUUGAAGUAAUCCUCGGAACCCCCGCCCCGGACGCCAAGGGCGAGUUCCCCUUGUCGCCCCCCAAGAAGAAGGACUUAUCUUUGGAGGAGAUCCAAAAACUGGAGGCUGCUGAGGAGAGGCGCAAGUCACACGAAGCCGAGGUUCUGAAGCACUUAGCUGAGAAGCGUGAGCACGAGAAGGAGGUGCUUCAGAAAGCUCAGGAGGAGAACAACAACUUCAGCAAGCUGGCUGAGGAGAAGCUCAACCAGAAGAUGGAGGCCAACAAAGAAAACAGAGAAGCACUUCUGGCAGCUAUGAGCGAGAAGUUCAAGGAGAAGGACAAGAAAAUUGAAGAGGUCCGCAAGAACAAGGAAACCAAAGAGCCUGAGGCUGACACGUCUGCAGGAAACUGAACAUUACAAUCAAAGGGGACGGGAGAGGGUGGGUUACGGGGAGGGAUACUAAAGGUUUUUUUUACACAUCCAAAGAUUUCUUUUUUGCUUUUUUUGUUUUGACGGCCAGUAUCUUUUUGUUCACUGCCUACCUUUUUGAGGAAAAAAAAAAAAGAGAAGUUUAACUCCAGUGCAUUGGUUUUCACCAGAUUUAACGGUGAUGUCACCACAGCAACACUCACCCACGGCGACACUCGCAGUUUCAGUAGCAGUGGACGCCCUAGGGUCACUCUUGGGCAGGUUUCUCCUAAAGGCUUUGCCAUCCAUGGCCUACAGCUCUCUUCCCUUGCUGCAGAGCCUGGCUAGGGAACAGGGUGGAGGGGGAUCCUGCAUCUCUGCGGCGUACCUCUGCAGAUUUUAGUUUAAGUGUCUACAUUGCUAUGGUUCUGUUUUUUUGUUUUGUUUGUUUCUGUGUGGAAUCUUGUUUUCCCUCACUUUGAGUCUCCUGUCCAUUUCUUUGGAUGUGUUCCCAGGCAUCUGCCAACUCCAGAACCGGUCUGGGCCUGCUCCGUUCCUGAUUCUGCAGGACCAGUGUUGGAACAGUUCCAGACACGGCCAACUUCUAGAUUUGUUCAUGCAGCUUUUCAUCUUGGCUAUUAGCAGCAGUGUUCUUACCUUUCUUUUUUUAUAAAACAAACAAAAAAGAAGCAUGUCUCUGUGCAUAGAACUUUUAACACGUAUCUAUUGCAUACUGCGCGUUUGGAAAUGUGAUCCUGUGAAGUCCAGAAAAAAACCAACCCGUUUUUAGCACUUAAGCAGAACAAAACGAGAAGUAGCACACGAGUUCUCCACGUGGCCGUGUUUGGUUUCUCUCUAUCUUGCUCCCUUCUGUAUAUUGCAAAUCUCUGGCUAGAUUGCGCUUUUUCAGAAUCUGCUAGUUUCCAUUGAUGGACUGUUCCGGCCCAGACUGCAGCUCUGAGACAGAUCUGCCUUCGAGCCAAGGUCCAACGGGGCCCAGUUUUGGGCCUACUACAGGCCAGGUCUGUUCCAGCGUCUGUUCCUGCUCUCUGGGUAGUGUGUAUGCGUGUGUUGUCUUAAUGUCUGCCCCAGUGCUGCUGACAUCUUUGCUUUCAUGCGACUGCGUGCACCGGGAGAGCCGUUGUCGAUCUCAAAGCACAUGACUUGUUCUCCACCAGACCAACGGGGUGUGGGGAAGCCAUCUUGGAAUGGGACCGGAGAAAAUGAGGGUCUACACACAAGGAAAGCAAAUGAGCAAUACACUUUUGGCAUCACGAUGGGGAAAACAUGUUGACUUAAAACUGUUGUACUAAAAAAAAUAAAAUAAAAGUAGAAGAAAAUGCAA